CCAUGAUUAAUUUUCUUCCGCCAUCCUGAAAGGAAAUAUUUCUCUGAUAUUUUGUUAAAGUUUCAAUUUCUAGGCCAUUUGUUUUCGCGUUCGCAGAACUAAGCGGCCAACGCAGUGCAGCGUCUUGACAGCUGGCAGGCAGCUGGCGGCUGGCGCUCUUAUAUAUUGCACCACCGCAACACUUCCCGCCAACCUGCAUCCCUCCUUAGCAGCCACAUCGCCAAAAUGAACCUCGCGUGGCCCGAUCGGGUCUCGACUUGAAAGCAUCGCCGACCUUGUUCGAUAAAAUUUAUAAAACUGUGACGCUGUAAGAUUUAUCCCUCAAUCACUCUUGCUAGCGUAUGUUAGCUGCCCACCGGCCACGGAUUUUCCCCAGCAUACCCGCCCCCGAUCUGACCCUUCAUGGAGCAACCAACGCACCAAGGGGUUAUGCUCUACGUUAUUCUUCCAGGACCCUGGACACAAUUGGCGUCUACAGACCAAACCUAGAGUUUGCCACAAAGCUUAAUGUUGCUACCGCGCAAUUUUAUUGUCUAACUCGGUGUCAUUCCCCUCUACUUUGCUACGCUCAGCGUCGUGUCCGUGCAACGCUGGCCAUGCUUUCCCACUGGCAUCCAGGGUUGUGCUUGGUCCAGCCCGAUCAGCUUGCCCGCAGGCACUUCCCUACGCAAUGGCCUUGAGCACCACAUAUCUCGCUUCUUCUCCAGUCGUACCGUUGCAAUGCAAAGCAAGAGGACAGCUGCAACCCGCAUCGUCAUCCCGCCGAUACGUUGCCUCUGAAACUGCAACCUCGCCAACUCCACAAUGGCGUACUCGUGUCUAAUAAAAGAAACGCCGCUGCGGUAAUCGAUGUUGGACCUUGAUAAUGUUUCAAAAAUAGCAUUGGCAUAUGCUACCACCCAGCCUUGCCAAUGCCUACGACUCCAACCUUUCCUAUCUGGGAGUUGGCUGGCGUCGACAUCCUGGCCUGGCGUCUCAUCACCAUCGAAUGACGCGCUCACCUCCUCCCUACCUCGCUUGGGCUACGGCAUUUGGUCUUGAUGCAACUAGCCAAUUUGCGCGGUUUUGUCUGUUGGCCUUGACAAGACUUUUCGUCACAUUCCAUCUAUAAGAGGACCACUGUUCCUCCAAUCUCAUCGACAUUUCCUCAUCAGGAACAAACUUCCAUCUUCCACACCAACAACCUCCUUCUUCAGUCUUUCUUUCGUCUAGUUACUUAUUCUUACUACAUUUUACAUUCAUUAUGCUUGUCCAGGCUGCAGUUUUGUCCGGCCUUUUGGUUGCGACGCCCAUGGCCAUGUCCAUCCCUCGUGCCAACGUCUUUUGCAACACACCCGAGCCCACCCAGCGCCAAAGACAAUACUCUCAGAUCUUUGGCAUGAUGGAGAGCGUUGGCUUCCAAUCCUUCAUGGGCCGUGAGGACAAGAUCAUCCCAACUUACAUCCACGUCUUGGCCAACACCAAUGAGCUUGCUGGCGGUCUUGUUCCCCAGGAUAAGAUCAACGACCAAAUCUUCCUGAUCAACCAGAACUUUGCUGGUACUGGUUUCAGCUUCGCUCUACAGUCGGUCAACUACCAGGUCAACACUACCUUUGCUGGUAACCCCAACGGUCUUGAAAAUCGCAAGCUCCUUCGACAGGGCGACGUCAAGGCACUUAACAUUUACUUUGCACCCUACGCGGCUGAGGCCACCGGCCAGUGCUCUUUCCCCGACAACUUUGCUAAAGAAUCUGACGCUUGGUACAUGGAUGGAUGUCUCAUGAGCAGCGCCUCUGCUGCUGACACUCCUGACCCCAAGGAUCGCGCCAAGAUCAUCACCCAUGAGAUCGCCCACUGGCUUGGUCUCUACGAUGUCGACGUCAAGCCCGGCGAGUGUACCACUACUUUCAAUGAGGAUCAGGUAGACCGCAUGCAUACUUCUUGGGCCUUCCUCCGUAAGCGAGACGGCACUGCUAUUUCCAUCGCCAAACGAGAGGCUGGAGAUUUAGUUGACAACAACGUUAUCCCCGACCCUCUUGAUGAGGACGAGGACGAUGAACAAGACCCUGCUGAGUAUCCUGAUGAUGACAACAUGUACCCUACCAACGAAUCAUCUGCUCCUGCUCUCAGCGCCACGGCUUCCAUUGCGCCCGCUACUGAAGUUCCUGCUUCAUCUAUCCCGGUGAGCUCGCCAGCUUCCAGCAUCCUUGAAUCGAGCGCUCCGGCUUCGACUCCCUUGAGCAGUCUGCCCACUCCUGAGUCAUCUAUUCCUGUUAGCACAGCACCUGGCUCAUCGCCCGCAUCAAGCAACCCUGCCUCCACUCCCGUCUCGUCGGCACCCGUCUCUAGUGGCCCUGUCUCGUCGCCUGCUAGCACACCAGCUUCCAGUGCACCCGCCUCUUCUACUCCCGCUUCGUCAAUGCCUGCUUCCUCUAUGCCUGCUUCCUCUAUGCCUGCUUCCUCUAUGCCCGCUUCGUCAAUGCCCGCUUCGUCCAAGCCCGUUUCCACCAAGCCCGUCUCGACUAAGCCCGUGUCUACCAAGCCUGUGUCUACCAAGCCUGUGUCUACCAAGCCUGUGUCUACCAAGCCCGUUUCCACCAAGCCUGUUUCGACUAAGCCGGUCUCUACCAAGCCUGUUUCAACUAAACCCGUUUCGACGAAGCCAGUGUCUACUAAGCCCGUGUCCAGCAAGCCAGUCUCUAGCAAGCCAGUCUCUUCUACCCCGGCUUCCAGCAUGCCUGCCUCGUCUACACCUGUCUCAACAAACCCCGUCUCUACCAAGCCAGUCUCUAGCAAGCCCGCCUCGUCUCCACCAGUGGUUUCGACAAACCCUGUUUCCUCCACACCCGCUUCUAGUAUGCCUGUUUCAAGCGAACCUGUGUCUAGCAAGCCAGUCUCAUCUGCACCGGUAGUCUCGACGAACCCUGUUUCUUCCACGCCAGCUUCAAGCAUGCCUGCCUCAAGCGCACCCGUGUCUAGCAAGCCUGUAUCUAGCACCCCUGUUUCCACUCCUAUUCCCGAGUCUUCGGCCUACCCUGACUACCCCACGGAAGAUGAUGAGCCAAAACAGGAUUAUGAGGAGCCCAAGGACGAAUACAAGGAGCCUGAGCAGGAGUACACUGAGCCCGAGCAGGAGUAUAAGGAGCCUGAGCAGGAGUAUACUGAGCCCGAGCAGGAGUACAAGCAGGAGCCUGAACAGGAUUACACUGAGCCCGAGCAGGAGUACAAGCAGGAGCCUGAACAGGAUUACACUGAGCCCGAGCAGGAGUAUAAGGAGCCUGAGCAGGAGUAUAAGGAGCCUGAGCAGGAGUAUACUGAGCCCGAGCAGGAGUAUAAGGAGCCUGAGCAAGAGUACAAGGAGCCUGAGCAGGACUACACUGAACCCGAGCAAGAGUACAAGGAGCCCGAGAAUGACUACGAGCUGCCCGAGGAUGACGACGACCUUCCCUUUGCCCCCACCGACCCUGUCCAGAGUGUCCCUGCCAUUUCAUCUGCUCCUGCUCCUUCGGUCCCCGCAUCUUCUGUUGCGCUCAACUCUACGCCUAUUGCAACCACACCUGUUGCCAUUACACCCAGCGGUCUUACAACCUCUCUCAAGCCUGCUACUUCUGCACCAGCUUCAACACCUGCUCUCGCUCAACCAACCCCUCAAGACUAUCCCACUGGCGGGUUUCUUAGUGGCUUGUUCGGCCGCAACAACUAAGACGGCAAGUUAGCAUCAGAGGGGCAAAAAUUGGAUAACUUUGCCAUCAAUGGUUGUCUAUGGUGUAUCCUCUGAUCGCUCGCUCAUGCUAGAUCACCGGUCAGCGACGAGUACCUUCCCUGUUCUUAUUUUUUCUUUCAGUGUGACUUUUUGUGAAAUUUCCUAAUAUAAAUCGGUGGCAGAAAAAUCAGUAAAGCAAGUGUACUAUGGGUCGAUAAUAGUUGAUAAUUAGUUCUUUUAUAGUUCAAUUGAGUUUAUAUAUGCAC